AUGGCACGCCUCCACCAUCUCCUCCUCCUCUCUGCGCUCCCCAGCGCCCUCAGCACCCUCACCCCCUACUCGGGCCCCCCACCGGCGCACCUCACCCGCACCCCCCUGGGGUUCGCGCAGCACAGCACGGGCGGCGGCCUCCCCCCCGCCGCCAACAGCUCCUACAUCGUCACCACCAUGCCCUCGCUGCGCGCCGCGCUGCAGCUCCCCUCGCCAAAGACCAUCUACGUGAACGGCACGCUCCACGGCAACACCAUCUUCGACAACGGCACCUCGGCCGACUGCCAGUGGUACAUUGACCACUCCGCGUCGCCCGCGUUCAACUUCACCAUGUACGUGCUGAGCCUGAACGAGACGUAUGUGGCGGCGGUGAAUGCGGCCGUUGCGGCGAACGGCACGUGGGAGGGCGGGAGUGCGAGCGAGUAUCGGGUGAGGCUGGGGAAGAUGAAUGGGUGGCGCGGGCAGGCGCAGAAUGCGCAGAAGGCGUGGGAGGCGGUGGAGGUGGCGGGGGGGACGAGUUUGGUGGGGUGGGGGGAGGGGGAGGUGGAGGAUGCGCUGGUGGGGGUGAAUGUGAAGCUGAGUAGUGUGGAUAAUGUGCAUGUAAGGAAUCUCCGUAUCGUGCCGCCGCAGGACUGUUUUCCGGCGCCAGAGACGUAUCCCGCGACAUGGAACGCAAGAUACGACGCAAUCUCGGCCGUCACGGCGACAAACAUCUGGCUCGACGGGCUGAUCCUCGAGGACGGGCCCGAGGACGUGCAGCCGCAGCCAUUCCUCGACGGAUGGCUCGUGGACAGGUUUGAUGGGCUGUUUGACGCCGAGGAUGGAUCGGAUAACAUCACCUUCUCGCACAACAUCGUACGCAACCACCACAAAUCGCUCCUCUUCGGCGGCGGCAACAAAGAGGCCGACCGCGACCUGGGCAAGAUGCGCUUCACAAUCUACGGCAACCACUUCAACAACAGCGACUCGCGCAACCCGCUGAUGCGCUUCGGCACCUUCCACAUUGUCAACAACCUCUUUGACUCGACCAACAACAAGGCGCCGCUGUUCCCGGCCUCGAACGCCACGGACGGCGCGGACGCCGACACGGACGUGCACCCGUUCCAGUACCACCUCGGCGUGUACAACCAGAGCAGCGUGCUGGUGAGCGGGAACGUGUUCCGCCAGGAGGGCAAGCAUGCGCAGGACACGAGCAGGGUGUUUACGUAUAGCGAUUUGACGCGCGCGGAUAUACCCGCGAGGCUGUGUGUGAGGCCGGAUGAGGGCGGGGUCGGGGACACGUUUAAUGGCGCGAGCGUGGAUCUGGAGGAGGUGUCGAGGGGGAUCUUUGAGUACCAGGUCGGGCUGGGGAAGGCGGUGGAGGGCGGGCUGGUGUGGGGGUGUGACGGCUUUGGGGAGACGGAGGUGGCGGGCGGGUUUGCGAGUGCGGAGGAGGUGGAGAGUUAUGUGUUGGCGGAGGCAGGGAAGACGGGGGGCGAUUGA